CUGUGUCGGCAUCAUAACAAAUUCUUCAACAAGGAAGCCAUUGAAGCUAAACCUACCUGCUUCAAACACAAAGACCUUGAAAGCCAGCAUGUCCAAAUUCACACUAAUGCCGGGGCCCAUUUGUUUGGUGGAGAAUGUCAAUGGAUCGCUCUGCGUCUGUAAGGACGCCAUUGAGUUCCUGAGUAGGAUCAAUGAGCCGGUGGUGGUGGUGUCUGUGGUGGGACUAUACCGUACAGGGAAGUCAUACCUUAUGAACCGCUUGGCAGGUCAACAGUCAGGCUUUGCUCUCGGAAAUACAAUCGAGUCUAAGACCAAAGGCAUUUGGAUGUGGUGUGUGCCUCACCCCUUAAAAGAAGGGCAUACUCUGGUGUUGCUGGACACAGAAGGACUGGGUGACGUGGACAAGGGAGACUCUAAGAAUGACGGAUGGAUCUUCUGUCUGGCUGUUCUUCUCAGCAGCACUCUGGUGUACAACAGCCGUGGCACAAUUGAUAACAAUUCACUGGAACAGCUGCACUACAUUACUGAACUCGCUGAGCAGAUCAAGAUCAAAUCUCCAUCAAAAGCAGCAGACGAGGAGGAAGAGGAUUCUGAUUUUGUGCGUUUUUUCCCCUCAUUCGUCUGGGUCGUUAGAGAUUUCGCCUUGGCUUUGGAAAUAGAUGGAAAGAGAGUGACAGCGGACGAGUACCUCAACUUUGCCCUCCAGCUGAAGAAAGGUGUGAAUAAGAAAACCAGUGACUACAACUUGCCCCGUCAAUGCAUCCGGAAUUAUUUCCCUACCCGGAAGUGCUUUGUGUUCCCAUCUCCAACCUCACCGGAUAAAAUGACAUGCUUAGAAAGUCUACAAGAAGAGGACCUGGUGCCAGAUUUUUUGGAGGUCACAUGUAAUUUUUGUCACCACAUGUUUAUCGAGAGUGCUGUGAAAACACUGAAAGGAGGACACAUAGUUACUGGGAGAUUACUGGGUCAUCUAGUUCAGAAUUAUGUGGAUACAAUCAGCAGUGGUCGUGUGCCCUGUCUGGACAAUGCAGUGGUUACUCUGGCAAAUCUUGAGAACCAGGCAGCCGUUCAAGAAGCUUUAAAUGUGUAUCAGUGUGGGAUGGAAGAGGUGAAGAAUAUGUUUCCAGUAAUUGUUACUAAUCUUACCUCGGAGCACCAGAAGUUCAGCAGUUUGGCCACUUCUGAGUUCAUGAAACGUUCCUUUAAAGAUGAAAAAGGAGAGUACCUUGGAAAACUGGUGGAAGAAAUAGAUGCAUACUAUUUAGACCUGAUGGAUAAGAAUGAGAUGGCAUCACAGCAGAAGUGCGGACAGCUGCUGAACUAUUUGUUCUCUGAGAUGAGUGAGCGGUUGCAGAAUGGAGUGUACAGUCAGUCUGGAGGAUAUGAACUCUAUUGCAGAGACAGAGAUGCCAUCAUUGCAAAAUACCGCAGUGAGCCCAACAAAGGAGUCCGGGCCGAGGCUGUGCUUAAUGAGUUUUUGAAUGAGCGUGGAGCUGAAGCAAAUAGUAUCCUUUACACUGAUAAAGCACUCACUGAAAACGAAAAAAAGAUCCAAGAGGAGAAAGAAAAGGCAUCUCUGAUGGAACAGAUGUGUAAAGAGGAGGAAGAGAAACGAAUUGAGAGUGAACGAAUGCUGGAGGUAGAGAAAGCGCAGCAGGAGGACAGAAUGAAGCAGAUGGAGGAGAAGUUCAACCAUGAGAUGCAGCAGCAACAGCAGGAGAUGGACAAAGCUCUGGAGAGCAAACUGAAGGAGCAAGAAGAGCUGCUAAAGAAAGGUUUUAAGGAGAAAGCAAAUUUUCUUGAGGAAGAGAUACAAAAUCUAAAGAAAGAAAAGGAAAACAACAGUUCUGGUGGCUUUUUUAAGGAAUAUUUGUUGCCUAUUGUCAACACUGCGGCAAACUUGCUUCCCAGCAUCCUCCAUCACAGAUUGAUGAUGAAGAGACUAAAAUAACGAACCACAAAUUAAACACCCAUCCAAAUCAUUGUUACAUCACAUUAAUUUAUAAAUGUAUGGUGGUCACUUUGCUUAAAAAGUGGUGGGGACAGUUGGGGGGUGGUGCAUAGACGUGCUUGUUGUGAGCUCAGGAAAUAAGGAAGGCUUAGCUCAUGAUUAUGCAAAAAUAACAUGAUAUUUAACUGCUUUGAUAUAUAAACAGUAUGUAUUGUUGCAGAGACUAGUCCUGUAGUAAAGAGUUUGCUUAUGUCCAAUUCAAAAUGUAUAACUGUUUCAGUAUCAUAUUUACUUACUAUUGUCAACAUAAAUCUAAGUUCUCAUCAUUACACUGUGAUUUGUGAGAGUAGUCAAUCUAACUGACCAAUUCAAGUGUUCCUAUGAAAUCUUUGAUUUGAUCACUUCAUUUCUACUGCAUAAUGGGGGAUAGAUACAGGGAAAAAUAUAUUUUUCAUAUAGUUUUGUAUGAAAAAUAUAAAACUAUGCUACUACUGUAAAUGACCAUUGCUACUUUACAUUGUCUGCUUAAUUUAAGUGCUUUUAAAUGGCACCUGUAGGGUAUACUCAAAGUAUGUGUAAAUAAAACAAUCAUUCUAAAAUUAUGUAAAAAAGUUCUCCACACAGAAAUGAGUUAAGCAGACAACUUCCUGGUCAACAUCUGCUUGUAAAAGUGCACAAACCUUAAAUGGCAACAGUAAUGCUACAGUUGUUUACAGAUUACUCUGCUGAACUGCAUCUUCAGUGUGUGAUACUGUAGAGAUGUCAUGUCUAAUGAUAGUGUGAAACCUUGUGAUUUAAGAUAUUAUCAAAGAAGUUUCAUGUUUGGGUUUGCACCA